AUGACUCAAGAAUGGGCAGUUCGUUCUCCUCACAAUCUGGAACGAAGAAGGAGAGAGGAACUAAGUCCUCAGGAUCUGUCUUCAUCAAGUCCUCAGGAUAUACGGAGCUCAUUCUUUCCUCUCCUCCGGGAGAAGUCUCAUCGCAAUUUGGAACGAAGUAGGAGAGACGAACUAAGUCCUCCAGGAUAUGCCUUCAUUAAGUCGUCAGGAUCUACGGAGCUCAUUCCUUCCUCUCCUCCGGGAGAAAUAUCUGAGGAGGAGGAAGGACCAUUAAGAGAUCUUGAGGAAAAAGACUUUGUUGAAUCAGACAUCAAGGAAAAUGACGUCGAGAUAUCAGACUAUGAGGAAUCAGACGACGAGAAAUCAGAGUCUGAAGAAUCAGACUGUGAGGAAUCAGACGAUGAGGAAUCAGACGUCGAUGAAUCAGGAAAGAAGACUCUGAAGGAGGAGAACGCCCUUUUGCUUAAGAAAGAAAAGGAAGAUGAAAAGGAGUUAACAAACGUCUGCGACAAUAAGAUGGAGGACAUGGCUCGUUCAAAUCCAAGAUCUAUUGGCCAAAGAGGAGAAAAUGAACAAUAUCACGAGGUCCAAAAUUUAUUGGCUAACGAGGAGGCCCUACGAAAGGAUAAUGAGCUCUUGAAAGAAAAGCUAAGAGAGGCCCUCGGUAACAUGGAGAAUACGAUUGCAGAAGAAAAUAAAAUGAAGGAAGCUGAUGAGGUUUUGGAAGGAAAGUUACAGGAGGCCCUUUGUAACAUAGAGGUUAUGGAAACCGUUUUGAAGGAGAAGGAGCGAGAAAACACUGAGCUGACAAAUCAUUGUCAGACUCGGAUUGAGAAUAUGGAUCACCAAAUGCAAGAUUUGUUAGCCAAGGAAGAGGAACUAAAAGGGAUAAAAGGAUAA